AUGUUUACAAGAGAACCAAAUGACUGCGAGCAAUUGUAUACACUGGAUGUAGUUGGAAUUGAAAGUAGAGGGGAGAACGACCAACUGGACGUUUAUCGUGAAUUUAAAGAAAACAUUACUCGGGCUGAUGACGGUAGAUAUCAAGUCAAAGUACCAUCGAUUUCAGGACAGUCUUUACCAAAUAGCAAUCUAGAACCAAGUGGAAAGCUAAUCGCUAACAUAUGCAAAAAGAUCGAGCGAGAUGAGAAGGUAAACAACAAUUAUGAUGAAACAAUCGAGAAGCAAUUAGAAUCGGGUAUCAUUGAAGGAGCACCAGUGAAACCGAAUGAUAAACGAGUAUAUCAUAUACCCUACAAGCAUGUUGUCAGAGAGGGGGCAAAUAAAGCCAAAGAUAGUGCGGAGAUUCCCGAGAAUUUUAGAAAUUUUGGACUGGUAGGUGAUAGUUCGGAAAAUCCAUGGUUUUUGAACGAUGGAAAAGUAAGAGAAGACAUGAAUGAGGAAACUGAGGGACAUGAAAAUACACCAGAAUGGUCGAGAAAACUGAAGGCAGUAACUGCGGAAGAAACAAAGGAAGGACAAGGUGAUGAAGACGAAAAUGCUUCCGAUAAUUCUGACCAAGAUGAAACAUUUGAAUUGAUGGAUGAUGAGGGGAGCAAAGAGAAAAGAAAGAAAUUGAAAGGAGAUAAGGUUGACAACAUCAAAGGAAAGAAGAAAAAAGUUCUUUCGAAAGGACAUACUGAGGAAGUAAAUGAUGUUGGGAAGAAAAGAGAAGAAAACGAAGUAGAGAACCUUGAGGAAAAUGGCAUAAAAACGAAAGGGAAAGUGAAAAGUAAUGUUGUUUCACAGGGAAACACUAAAGAAACUAGUAGUGUUGAAAUUACAAGUGAACGUAAGAAAAAGAAAAGAAAAAUUACAGACGAAAGUAGAAUAAAAGAAAAGUUGGAGAAAAGCAAGGAAGCAAAGUUAGUGAAGAGUGGGACUGACCAGGACAAUAUGCAAACCGGAGAUUUGGACGAAAAGAACCGAGGACGGUGGAUGAAAGGCAAAGUUGUGAAGUACGUGAAAGGAAAGGACGGUGUAAUUAGAGGAGUUAUUGUGUUACAUAAAGGUAACAAUUUGGAACCAUUUCAGUUAGUAUGUCCUUUGGAGAUAAGGAGCGUGGUUAAGGAAGAUCAAGGAAGACACAAUGAAAGUACUGAAGAUAAUGAUGGUAAAUUAAAGAAAAGACCAGAACGGAAAGCAGCAAGGAUCGCGAAAGUUAACAUCAGAGAACAGUUGAAGGACGAUUAA